GUCAGAAGACGUAGAAACCGAGAAUCAACGACUUGUGGUUAUAGCCCUCUGGUUUCUCAGCUGGGAAGAUGGUGUCCGCUGCGGUGCUCUUUCUUUUAACGGUGGGCUCUGUCUGUGGAAAAGCUACAGCAGAAAGAAAACUAGUAUAUGUGACUGUGUUGUUCCGUCAUGGUGACCGCUCACCUGUCAAAGCCUAUCCGACCGACCCAUACCAAGAGAGCGCCUGGCCACAAGGCUUUGGACAGCUAUCGCAGGAGGGGAUGAGGCAGCACUUUGAGCUGGGCCGCUUCCUGAGGGAUCGGUACAAGGGAUUCCUCAAAGAGUCCUACGACAGGCACGAGAUCUCAGUCCGCAGUACGGACUUCGAUCGCACCCUGAUGAGCGCCGAAGCCAACCUCGCAGGUCUGUACCCUCCCAGUGGUCAGCAGGUCUUCAACCCGGACUUGAAGUGGCAGCCGAUACCCGUGCACACCGUGCCACAGAGCAAGGAGAGGCUCCUGUCGUUCCCCCUGAACGACUGUCCUCGCUACCAACAGCUGAUGAAUGAAACUGAACACACGGAGGAAUUUCUUAACGUCACCGUUGCGUACCAGGACGUUAUAGACCUGGUGAGGAACAAAACAGGACUGAAAAAGACUAGUGUUGAUUCAGUCUGGAACGUGUACGACACACUCUUCUGCGAGUCCCGUCACAACAUGUCAGCUCCUGACUGGGUGACUCCUGACGUCAUGGAGAUGCUCCGAGUGCUGAAGGACUUUGAAUUUCGGAUCAUAUUCGGGGUCUACAAACGACAAGAAAAGAGCCGACUGCAGGGAGGUAUCCUGUUGGGUGAAAUAGUGAAGAAUCUUACCAAGAUGGCCACCCCAGACCCGGAACAGAGGCUGAAAAUGAUGAUGCUGUCUGCGCACGACACCACUGUAGCGGCUCUUCAGUCCAGCUUGGACGUGUUCAAUGGAAGACAGCCGCCAUAUGCUUCCUGUCAAAUAUUUGAGCUGUAUAGAGACAACGGCUCUGCAUCGGUGUCCAUGUUCUUCCGGAACGACAGCACAGUGGCGCCGUACCCUCUGCAGUUACCGGGCUGCCCGCUUGACUGCCCCCUAGAGGAGUUUGUGAGAAUUACAAAGCUCUCUAUUUCUGACGACCGGGACAAAGAGUGUGAAUUGCCUUCUAAGGGGCGAGACAAAGAAGUGAUCGUCAGUCUGGUGGUGUCCGGCUGUCUGCUCUUCCUCCUCAUCACCCUCCUCCUCGGCAUCAUUUGUUGGCAGAAGGAGCCGGUCGGUAAUCGGGGAUACCAGCACGUGAUCAACCAGGAAGCUGGGGAGGAAUCCUGACAGAAGCACCAACUCCUCCCUCGGAGAUCUGCAGACCUCACGUCUUGGGACAGCAGCGAUGACGAUGAACUCUGAAACUCUACAUUUCUACUGGUUUCAUCAACAGGUUUUGUCGGGAACCACAAUGAUUCGAAUUUUUUUUUUUAUUUUAACAGGAAAUUUUUAGAGGAGCUUUUAAAAACAGUUUAAUCAUCGCUCUAAGCUACCUUGAGUAGUGAUGAGAACACUGUUGGCGGGACCAGGACUGCUAGCCGCUGUGUUCCCACGUGGUCUGAUCUCCAGUCCGUUAAGUCAAGAAUUUCACCAGAUACGACCUGGAGUUUCCCGGAGAUUGUUGUUCAGUCUGGCUUUUUUAAACUGUCCGUUUUGGGACUUGAAUGCCUCCAGAUAAGUUUAGAAAGCUGAUGCAGAGAAUAGUGACAAAGUUUUUAAACCAUGUAACGGUGGUGUGGAAACAUGAUGGAAACGGUGAACUAUUGAUCAUGUCAUUGCAAAUUCUUGAAAAAAAAAACAAACGUGUUUUGCAUCAUGUGUUUCCUCCCGGCAGGGCUGAUUGUCCUUAAAAACACGUCGCACAAAUGAACUGAAUGAAAACCUCUUUUUAAAAGAUGUGGAAAUAAUUCAGAUUUAAUUAUCUUGUCCAGAUUGUUUCCAGAAAUUUUUCACACGUUCUUCAUGAAAUCAGAUCACUUUUAUGCGAAUUCCUGCACAUGUCAGUGUGUCCUUUAACGUGCACGGAUCUAUUCAUUAAUUUGUGUACAGUAUGUAUGUGUUGGCUCAUUUGUGUUCUUGUGCAUGUGUGUGUGUGGACUCUGAGGCCUAAUUGACCGAGAUGCCUUAAAUAUUUUUAAUAACGAGGUUUCUUCGUUCCGGUGUAACACACAACACGUAUAGUAUUUUUGUAGGAUUUCAAGUUUUUCAUUGCAGCUUCGUCAAAUAGGUGCGUUUGAUUUAUCAGCAGCGGGGUGGUGUCGAACGGGAGAGAGCUGGCUCAAGCCUCAUGACCGCGAGCAUCCACCCCCACAAGUGUCCUUUAGCAAGACACUAAAACACCAGCUCGGCGGUGGCUCAGCUGAGCCUGACCUUUGACCUCGUGGUAGAAGGAAACUGUUGGAUGUCCUCCAGAAUCAGAUCAGUUUAUUGUGAAUAUGCUGGGACUUUGGAAACAAUGGAAAUCUUUACAUAUGUGUCUUUUUUUUAUUCUGGCGGCCUUUUUAAAAGCUUUAAAUCAAAAAAUAAAUAAAAAACCUGU